AUGGGUAAGGACUUCCUUUAUGUAUGUAGUUCCGAGCUGGAUGUGCCGCUUCGGAUACGGGUAGUUUCACUUUUCGGGCAUGUACAAAGAUCUGACACAUACUCCGGCGAAAUGUUUUUGAAAUUGACGGUGAGUUUGAGUAUUUAUUUGGCAAUUUAUGUUAUCCAUGAGAGAAAAAUCAAAGUUUUUAAGUUUUAAAAAAAUUUUUGAUGUUCUACUCUAAAUUUUUGAUAAGAAUGUGAUUCAUUAUAAAGAAUAUGUAUUUUCAGUUGUAUUGUAAUCAAAGAAAAGUCGGGAGAGAGGUGUGCACGGCCUACAAACCGGCUCCAACACAAGCCCCCAACAAUCGGGAACUGCAGCGAUGGAACGAAUGGAUCCAACUCCCAUUGACCUAUUCCGAGCUCUCCAGAGACGCCAUGCUACAUCUGACCCUGUGGGAUGUGGGCAACGAUGUGGAGCCUCAAUUUGUUGCGCAGGCCUCGAAAUAUUUGUUUAGUAAAAGAGGGGUCCUCAGAGAUGGGCAAUUUGAUGUGCGGCUGCAAAGUGAGUUGAGCCUGAGUGUGAAAGUGGUUAUAAAUGGGAGAAAGAAGGUUUGACGAGGCGAAGAGAGGAAUUUGAGGCCAAAAAUUUGUUUUAGAGACUACCGUUGACCUUAUACAUGAGGUCUUGAUCAAAGUUUUGAUAUUUUUUGCAAUUUUGUUGCUGAAAACGGCAAAAAAAUCGUAGAAACAGCUUUUCUAGAAUAUUUAGAGUGAUUUUGGAUAGUCUUGGACUAGUUUUUAAUCGGUUUAGAUAUGUUUUUAACAAUAGUUUUCUCAAAAAAAUUUUUCAAAAAAAAAUUUUUUUUUAAUAAAAUUAAAAUUUCCCCCCUGAAGUUGAGCCCUUCCAGAAGCCCAGCCCAAAGAACUCCCCGAGCCGAAGUUUGAUGAGCCCUCGGAUUCGAACAAACUCCCCAAAUCCAGUGGAAUUCGAGAGUACCUAAAAAAGGAGAAGAUGUACAAACAAAAUUAUAUCCAUCCAGUCGACUGGCUGGAUCAAGUCACCUUCAUCAAGCUGGAGCGAAUGAAAGAGGAUGUAAGAAAAGGAACCGGGGUGAUUGGGGAAAGGGAAGAUUGGGGGAAAAGACGAUUGGGGAAAAAGAAAAGUAUUAUUUUUCUUCGAUGAAAGCGUGAAAUUAGGAUAAUCGGUUGUGAUAAUUUUGAAAAUGACAUUCAUUUUUUUUUAUCUUUACUUUUUUCCUUGAGUAAUACUGUAAAGUAGUAUUUUUUUUAUUUUUCUUUUCAUAAAUAUUAUACUCGAUUUGGUUUUCGAUGGUGCUGCUUUCAAAUCAGAACAAAUGAAUAAGAUUUUCGAAAUCAGCACCAUCGAAAACCCCUAAAUCGAGUAUUUAUAAAAAAAAUUCAAAAAAUUACUACUUUACAAUACUACUUAAGGAAAAAAGUAAAAAUCAAAAAAAUGAAUGCCAUUUUCGAAAUCAGCACCCUUGAUUAUCCUAAUUUCACACUUGGGUCGAAGAAAAAUAAUAAUUUUCGGUUUCCCCAAUCGUCCAACUCCAAGUCUUAUAUUUUUACGCCUUAUCUUACACAUCAAAGUCCAUUUAAAAAAAAAAUUUUUUAGGCCAGAAUUGAAGACCGAUCCCUGUACAUAUCGCUGGAGAUGGCGACAAUUUACGGGCAUGACGACGUGACCCCAUAUCAAGUCGUAUUUUACGUACCCGACAUCCAAAACGAAAUGAUUGCGAUGAAGUCGAGCGGAAGACUUGACCCCGAAAUGGGAAUGGAGAAUCUCUGCGAAACCAAGCAUCACAUGCUGACGAGAAAUGCCCGAGCCGGCGACAUCGACAAGAGACUUCAGCCGAAUGCCGUCAUCAAGGAUAAUUUGGAGGCAAUUAUCAGGGUAAGGGGGGAUUUUUUUUUUUGGAAUUUUGAAAUUUUUGCCAUUUUUUGAAAUUUUUAGGAGGAUUUGGGGGUUUUGGUGACUUUGAAGGACAUUUUUAAGAAAUUUGAGGGUAUCUGUCUGAUUUUUCGGAGGAAAUUUUUGAAUUUUCGGAUUUUUGAAAAUUUGUAAAUUUUGAAAUUUUUCCAAAAAAAAUAAUCGAAUUCCAAAAUUUCCAGAUGCCAAGUUCCCAGCCAAUGACCAUGGAGGAGCGCGACACCAUCUGGAAGUUCCGCUUCUGGCUCAAAAGCAAUCCCCACGCCCUCACGAAGUUCGCCCGCUCCGUGAAUUGGAACGAGCGAUUGGAAGUGAAACAAGCCAUCGAAGUCCUCAGCGACUGGGCCCCAAUUGACGCUUGUGAUGCCCUCGAACUCCUUGGACCUUCAUUUACCCACCCGUUCGUACGAAGGUACGCCGUUUCGAGACUUCAAAACACACCACCUCAAAUUUUGCUACUGUACUUGCCACAAUUGGUCCAAUCCAUAAGAUACGAAGCGAAUGUGAAGAAUGAUGAGAUGAAAAAGUCAAAGGACAGCAUAGAAUGCGUAAAUGUAAGGGAGAAAUGGUUUGAAGGGGAAAAAUUUGGGAGUUGUGGAGAUUUUUAUAUUGUAGUAGGGGUUGAUGGAUGGAUGAUGUAAUUUAGUUAAAGUUUUAUAGAUUUUGAAGAAUUUAAGUGAUGGUUUAUGGAAAAUUAAGAAUCCUAGAGCAAGCUGAAACUUGUGAGAGGUAAAAUAAGUCUUGUUAUAACCUUCAUUUUAUCAUUUUUUCGAUUUUUCCCCCAAAAACAAGGUGCUUCCACAAAAAGCCAAAGUUUUGAUAAUUUUUUGCUCGAAAUGGUCAAUAAAAUUGAUGUUUAUAGGAAGACGGAGGCGCAGCGGACCCCAUGUACGUAUCAGACUCGCAAAUUAUCCCUGCCGAUCAGACCAACAGCGCGUUGGAACUUUUCCUUGGAAGGAAUGAAGACAUGACAACAUAUCUCCUAAAUCAGGCCUGCCAACACGCUGUAAUCGCUAAUUUCCUUUAUUGGUGAGUUGAUAGUUUAUUGGUGAUCCUUUCUGAAAUAUAAAAGCAGCUUUUUCAAUAGUUGCUUGAAGGUUUUGACCAAUAAUUUAUAUUAUUUCAGGUACUUGAAAGUGGAAAUUGAAGCCAACGAAACAACAGAUCCGUACAUGUCAAAUUAUUACGCUACGAUGCUGGAUAGACUCCUAAAUGCCCUACAAAAUGGAUCCUCGGUUGCCAGACACUCGCGCCAAAAUAUUUUGGGGCAGCGGACUUUCGUCGAAGUCCUGAAAUUGAUCUCCAAAGAAGUCCAAAGCGAAGGUGGAAACCGAGUGAAAAAGCUGGAGUUCUUGAAGAAACGGCUGGCAAAUUGUCCAGAACUCAUGGAUCUGAAAGGCCUACCGUUGCCAUUAGAUCCGGCAAUCCAGGCGAGUGAUUUUUAUAUUGUAGUAGACAUCUGAUAUUGAAGGCGAUUUUUUUGAUGGUAAUAGAAGAUUGUUGAUGUUUAUGGAGGUUUAGGCGGCUGGAUUUUUAAUAGCGAUGCUGUUUUUAUAGGUUUUACAUUGUUUUAGAAUAUUUUUUAUAUUAUGCUUGACACCAAAUUUAAGGUAAUUUUUUUGAGGUUAUUAAGUGUUAUUGAUGCUUUUGAGACCACUAGGGCCUAGAUAUUUUAUUCUGUAAAUUUGGCUGAAAGAUAUUUGUAUUUGACAUUGUUUUUCACAAUUUUUUAUAUUGCACUAGACAUUAAUCUAAGUUUUUAAAAAUUUUCAGGUGAAAAACGUCCAACCGGAAACCACGGUGCUAUUCUCGUCAAAACUCAUGCCCAUGCGUCUCACUUUCUCCACAGUGCGAGGAUUCUCACCGCCCUACGAAUGCGGCGAAGCCUAUAUGACAAUCUUCAAAAGAGGCGACGAUCUCAGACAAGACCAGCUGGUCCUCCAAAUGAUCCGACUCAUGGAUAAUUUGUGGAAAGAGGAAAAACUAGACCUAUGUUUAACUCCAUACGCCGUUCUGGCCACAUCGGUAUCGGAUGGAUUUGUUCAGUUUGUGAAAGCCACGCCCAUCGCUGACUUGAAGAAUAUUCAGGUAGGAAAGAGGUGGGAAUGGAAAAAAUAUGAUAAUUAAAAUGAGGUAGAGAGUGAAUGAAGGAAUGGAAAGGGAUGAUUUGGGAUAAAUAUGCGGUGAAAUUUGAUACACACCAAAAAUUUUGAUGUUUUUAGAAGUUUUUGGGGAAAAAAGGUGGAAAUGUAAAAAAAAUGGCUCUGAAUUGAACUGUUCGUUUAUCUGUAUUUCAUAUAGGCGGUAUAAAAAUAAUUGUGGUAUAUUGGAGAGUGCAGUAACAGAUGAAAAAAAUGAGAUUUUACUUUUUUUGUACCUAAUUUCGCAUAAAUUUGUGAUGCGCAUUACCGUGACGGACCUGGUGGCAAAAAACGUACCAUUUUGCAUCCGGGAAGCAUCAAAAAUAUGGCCAAAUGCCUCCCCCUCUGAAAGCGGUGUUUUUCACCUGUAGAGGGAAGCAUUUUGCCACAUUUUUGAUACUUCCCGGAUGUAAAAUGGUACUUUUUUGCCACUGGAUCAGGUCCCCCCACUGUAGUUUCGAUCGCAAAAACGUUUUUGAGUUAUGUUUCACGACGGUUUCAGGACACCCUCCGGCAAUACCGGCCAUCUGCAACCGGCCCAUAUGGAAUAGAAGCCGCUGUCAUGGAGAAUUACGUACGAUCCUGCGCCGGCUACUCCAUUAUCUGUUACAUCCUCGGAAUCGGCGACCGACACAUGCAUAAUUUACUGCUCCGAGAGAACGGCCGCAUGUUCCAUGUGGACUUUGGGUACAUUCUGGGCAGAGACCCCAAACCAAUGCCGCCGCCCAUGAAACUGACCACCGAAAUGAUCAAUUGCAUGGGAGGACAGGAGAGGUGAGAGAAGAUUUUGGGGAGGCUCACGUCAAAAAAGUGAAAAAACGAGGAAUCUCGGGAUCAUUGAUUUUUGACGAAAUGUCGCCGAAUUAUCGAGUCAAACAAGAAAACUUUCUCAGAGAAAACGUUUUUUCGAGAAAAAUAUUCUUUUGAAGAGAAAAAUAAUUCUUCCAACUCGAUAAUUCUGUGGCAAAAAUCAACGAUCCGAGAUUCCUUGUUUUUUUCAAUUUUAUGGAGGAUUCUUUUUUGACGUGGCAAACUGAAAUAAGUUAAAACAGUCCAUGAAUUGGUAAUUUGCCAAAAAAAGACGCGAACAAACGCUUUGUCGGGGAAGAAAUGGGGAAUUUUUGGGGCGAGAGAGUACGCUUUUGCGCGUCUUUUUUCUCUCUUUCUCUGCGAAAUCAAGACGAAGUGUAAAAAACCAAUAGCGAAGAGUCUAUUCGGGUCACCGGACUCCUCAGUUUGACGUGCGUGGGGCUAUGAUUGCCAUCGAAAAACGAUGAUUUUUAUAAAGUCUACGCACUUUUGAAAAAAGCGUAGUAGAAGGGAAUAGGGUAAAACACGACCGUUGAAUUUGAUUUUCGAAAUUGUACAGGGUGUACCAAAUUCGUAGCCCGAUUUGAAUUGGCUAUAACUUCUUUAAUUUUGGGCCAAAUUUUAAAAUUAUUUUUGGCGUCGCGACACUUGCGGGCAACCAUUUUGCGGGCAACCAGUUUGCGGGCAAAUUUUUUGCGGGCAACCACUUUGCGGGCAAAAUUUGGGGGUCACAUUUGCGGGCAGCUGAAACAUUUGCGGGCAGCUGAGACACUUGCGGGCAGCCUGGGACACUUGCGGGCAACCGACACUUACGGGCAGCCGACAUUUGCGGGCAACCGGCACCUGAGGGUUACAGGGUGGAGGUGGAAAUAUUACUGCGAUAUUUUGGAAAUUUGCCGACAUUUGCGGGCAGCCGACACUUGCGGGCAGCCGACAUUUGCGGGCAACAGGAAAAAACAAUCACACAGACUGUAUAGCAACUUUUGGAACUGUUGCCCGCAAAUGUCGGUUUCCCGCAAGUAUUGCCUGCCCGCAAAUGUCGGAAAACUUCCAAAAUAUCGAAGUAAUUUUUCCACCUCUACCUUGUUAUCAUCAAGUGCCGGUUGCCCGCAAAUGUCGGCUGCCCGCAAAUGUCGGCAAAUUUCCAAAAUAUCAUAGUAAUUUUUCCACGUUCACCCUGUAACCCUCAGGUGCCGGUUGCCCGCAAAUGUCGGCUUGUCCCAGGCUGCCCGCAAGUGUCGACCCUGCCCGCAAACGUCCCAGGCUGCCCGCAAAUGCCGGUGCUGGCCGCAAAUGUCGGCUGCCCGCAAAGUGGCUGUCCGCAAAAAAUUUGCCCGCAAACUGGUUGCCCGCAAAGUGGUUGCCCGCAAGUGUGCGCCCGCCUUAUUUUUUUCCCUGAAUCCUCAGAUAACCCCAUUUUGUAUGUAUAACAUAUUUGGUAUCAGAGUUUUUCGAUAUUCUACUUGGCAAAGAGCCGCGCCACUUAUUGCUCUCGAUUUCUUUACAGUUUUACCCAAAUUUUUAUUCCAGCGUCCAUUUCAAACAUUUCAUCGACUAUUGCACGACGGCUUUUUGCAUUAUCCGCCGCCACGCCAACCUGAUUAUCAACUUGUUCUCCCUCAUGCUGGAUGCGGGUAUCCCGGACGUAACGGUGGAAAAAGACAAGGCCGUGCAAACAAUUCUAGAGCGAUUCCAUCUCCAACUCACCGAUGAAGAGGCGUACAAAGAGAUUACGAGGAUAAUUCAUUCAAGUUUGUCGGCUAAAAUACCUAUCAUUGCUGACUUUGUGCAUGAUGUAAAGCAGUACAUUGUCAACUAG